AUGAUGAGUGAUGAAGAAAUGAGUUCAAACAAGAACCAAGAUCGCACGUUGAGUUCGAACAGUAAUUGGUUCUCAUUCUUAUGGAGUCCAUCUAAUAAAACUCCUACAUCUUUGGAAGGUGUUGGUGGAUCUUCUAGCAUGUGUCCUGUUAAUCAUGGUGAUUCAGUUGGGGCAUCCAUGGAUAUUCCAGAAGGUCAUCCGAAGAUAGAAGGUUAUUUUGGUUCAGAUGCCAAAUGUCCUGUUGAUGAUGAUGCUAAAAAGAUAUGGUUAUUGCAAAAUGACAAGAAAAAACAUACUGGUGUGAUUCUACAAAGUGCUCCAAUUGAUAUAGAAUGUUCUUCUGAUGCGAUUCCAGCUCAUCCGGUUUACAAGACUGAUGUGAAAUUGCCAGAUCAUAGGGAGUUAUCGUCGAUUCCAAGAACAGGAGCCUCUUCCAACUGGGUUUACCCAUCAGAGAAGCAGUUUUAUGAGGCUAUGGUUCGUAAGAAUUGGGAUCCUGAGGCUGAUGAUAUGAAAGUUGUGGUCCCCAUCCAUAAUCAAGUUAAUGAACGUGUAUGGAACUACAUCAAAAGGUGGGAAGAGAAUGAGGAUAGCGAAAGCUGUGGUGGACUUAAGUUAACUAGCUUUAAAGGUGACUCCAAGAAGCUAACCCCUAGAGCUUGGAUCAGAAGCACUUUGUUGGGAUAUUCUAAACCGUUUGACAGGCACGACUGGACCAUCAAUAGAUGUGGGAAAGACAUUGAUUAUGUGAUCGAUUUCUACACAAACGAUACUGAAGAUAAGUCAGUCCCAGAUAUAUAUCUUGAUGUUCGCCCUAAAUUAAAUACUUAUGAAGGUAUAAGGUUAAGGGUAUUAAAGUCUCUAGGGUAUUGA